AUGCGUUUCUGGCACGCCUGGGGCCUGACUGGCUUAGCCAGCCUAGCAGUUGCCCAAAGUGUGACCGUCGGCUCGACUGUAGCAUCGACUUCUGCUGCUGUCACUACUGCCGCUUCUUCGACUGCAUCGACUACAACCCUCUCAUCUCCGACCUCUUCUUCAGUGGUUGUCGUUGCCACCGACAGCUCCGGGCAAUUUACUGCAAUCGGCGAUGCCAUCUCGUAUGCUCAAAAACAAGGGAUUCCCACUGUCACCGUGAAAGCUGGAACUUAUACUCAAGCAGUCACUGUCUCUGCCACACCCUCUGUCACCAUCGUUGGCGAGACUACCAAUGAAAAUGACUAUGCACAAAAUCAAGUCACCAUCUCUGCCGUCAGUCCCCUCGUCAUCUCCGUCAACGUCCUCGGUAUCACAUUCAGCAACAUCAACUUUGUCAACACCGCGACGGGUAACUAUGGGGCGGCCACCAUCCGAGGAUCCAAGAAUGCAUUCUACCAAUGCCAGUUCGUGUCAGCAGGAAGCUUAGGUAUCACCGCCAAUCUGGGACUGGGUAUCAUUGCCAACAGCUAUAUCGAGGCCCUGGACAAGGUAAUUUAUAGCUAUCCCAGCCUGUACAUCUACAACACCACGAUCGUACCUGUUGGGUCCAGCGCCCUUCUUGUUUACAACAAGGGCUACACAUCUGGAACCACCUUGUACAACUCAACCAUCGUUUUUGAUUCUUGCUCUGUCCAACAAAAGGCUGGCACUAGCAACAAGAACGUCUACCUGGCAGCGGCAAACAAUGGCGGAGGAUCUGUCGUCGUUUUCCGUAACACAUACCUCGCGGGUCUGUUUGCUGCCACUGGUGUGCAUGUCGACACGGCCUCUCAGAAUACCCUCAAUUUCUACGGCGAAUACGGCACGACGGGAGGGGGGUCUUACUCCAGCAAUCAGGCCUCGCGCUCGCAAUACAUGUCUCUGAUGAGUGCGGCGGACCUGACCCGCUUUUCCAUAGACCAGGUAUUUGCCGGUGUAUAUCCGCAAUUUGCCUCUUCGUCUACCGACUGGGUAGACUCGGAUGUCCUGGAAGACAUUGUAAACUCGGACGUGAUUCAGAGUUCAUCGUCAGUCGUGCCCGCAUCGUCCGCCGUUGCAACGUCGACUGCUGUGGCUAUAUCGACUGCGGCAUUGACAUCCUCCACCACUUCUUCUGCGACGUCUACCGCAGCCACGCCGUCCCCGACGCUGGUUGUCUCCCAGAAUCCCACUGCUGGCCAGUACGCCAAUGUCAGCCAGGCGAUCGCAGCUCUGCCUAAUGAUGGCCAGGCGUACACCAUCUACAUCAAGGCUGGAACCUAUACCGAGCAGAUUUCCAUCACGCGCGCAGGCAAAGUUACCCUUCGUGGUGAAACCUCCUUUGAGAAUGAUUUCACCCAGAACCUGGUUACUAUCCAGUUUUCUUACGGCGUCCUGACCAGUGCUGGUCAGAAUGAAAACACUCCGGUUAUCUAUGCAAAGAAGACGGAUGGCUCUGGUCUCGCGCUGUACAACAUCAACUUUGUUAACACGUAUCCGCAGACCAAGAACACUGCUGCCCUGGCUGCAGACUUUUACGGUUCGAACAUGGCAGCAUACGGUUGUUCCUUCAUCGGGUACCAAGAUACCCUCUUGGCGAAUAAAGGUACGCAAGCCUUCUCGAAUUGCUACAUCGAGGGAUCGGUAGAUUUCAUCUGGGGUUUCUCGACCGCCUAUUUUCACCAGUGCUACAUUGCGUCGAAUACCGCAGGCGCGUACAUCGCCGCCCAGAGUCGAUCAUCUUCCACUGCCGCUGGGGGAUACGUCUUUGACAGUUGCUAUGUGACCUACACCAACACCUACGGUACCACCUUUGGUCAAACGUACCUAGGCAGGCCGUACUCCCAGUACAGUAUUGCCGUUUACAUGAACUCUUACCUGGAUAAGCACAUCAACAGCGCCGGGUGGAGUAUUUGGUCUACUAGCGCACCCCAAACUGACCACGUCAUGUUUGGAGAGUACAACAACUCGGGUCCUGGAGCAUGGUCGUCCAGCCGUGCCUCAUUUGCCACCAAUCUCACUGCAGAUUCUGCCAGCGUGUACACACUCUCGUCCUGGGUUGGUGAUACAACCUGGUUGGAUAUGACAGCGUAUAACUAUGUUCCUUCCUAUAGCCUUACUGGACCAUCUACCAGCACAAACACGACUUCUGCCACUCCUACCUCGACUGCUACUCCCUCCGCCACCGCAACUGCAACGUGGGGCCAUCCCACCAGCGGAACCACUCCACCAGCAGGCGCGGUCAUUGUCUCUCAAGGAGGCUCGGUGAACGGGUCUUAUACCAACUUGACAGCGGCAUUGGCCGCUUUGCCCAAUGAUGCUUCGACUCAGAUCAUCUUCAUGUAUCCUGGCACCUACACUGAGCAGGUCCCAUCGAUCAACAGGAAUGGGCCCGUUCAGAUAAUCGGUCACCAGUCUGGAAAUCCUGGUGAGGCUUACAGCACCAACCAAGUUACUAUUACUUUUGCACGAGGCCUGUCAGUGUCUCCUCUGCCAACAGGUCACUCCGACGCCGAGACGGCAACCCUGUCGACCGCCAGCAACAAGAUUGCGCUGUACAACGUAAACAUCAUCAACAGCGAUAAUUUGGACGGAUCGCAGUCGUCCUACGUGACACUCGCCGCGUCGAUCUAUGGCUCACAAAUUGGCUUCUAUGGCUGUAGCUUUAUCGGAUGGCAAGAUACACUCUUGACGGGCAGUACAGCCGGAUACCAGUACUACGAAUCGUGCUAUAUCGAGGGUGCCAUCGAUUUCAUCUGGGGAUACUCCAAGGCCUAUUUCAAGGGAUGCACCAUCGGCGCCAAACGAGCCAAAUCGGCCAUUACAGCGCAGAGUCGAGCAUCGUCUUCUGCUAUCGGUGGAUACAUAUUCGACGAGUGCACAUUUGAGGCCGCUCCGGAUGCAACAGUCGAUCUCACCCAGAGCGUGUACCUGGGUCGUCCGUACUCGGCGUAUGCCCUGGUGGUCGUCAAGAAUUCGUACCUGAGUGGCAUCAUCCAGCCCGCUGGAUGGAAGAUCUGGAGUACUACCGACCCCCGUACGGACCACAUCACUUUCGCUGAGUUCAACAACUCAGGGCCAGGUAACUGGGAGAAUAAUGCGGCUGCUCGACAGGCUUUUGGCAAUUGUACUUUGCUUACCUCGGACACUUACACACUUGAAUCAGUCAUGGGGUCGACUGACUGGAUUGAUCUAACAUACUGGGACACUGUUGCCAUCCCGACUGGGACUCCGACCACUACGGCCACAGCGACCGCCACUCCUGUUGUUUCUCCGACUCCGUAUGAUGGAACUGUUCCUCCUGUUGGAGCGUACAUCGUGUCAAAGACGGCGAUUGAAAAUGUUACUACAUACGACACUAUCCAGAGUGCGCUCAACGCCCUUCCCACGUCCAGCAAGGUGGCACCUACAGUAUUCAUCUACCCGGGUAUCUACGAGGAGCAGCUUGUGCUGAACCGUUCCGGAACCACAGUUUUUAUCGGCUACUCAACCUCGACCUUCGACUACAACAGCAACCAGGUCACUAUCCAGUACAACGCCGGUGUCGAUACCCAGGCCGACCAGUCCAACUCGGAUAGUGCCACUGCUUAUGCCACCGGCAACUACUUCGAGGCUAUCAACAUCAACUUUGUCAACAACUUUGGCACCGCAAAGAACUAUGCAUCGCUCGGCUUCGCAGUCAAGUCAAGCAAGUACGCCUCUCUGUACGGCUGCCAGGUGAAGGGAAACCAGGAUGCGCUCUUGAUCAAUGGAUAUUUCUUCGCUAGCAACAGCUACAUCGAGGGGAAUAUUGAUAUGAUCUGGGGAUCGGGGGCUGGAUACUUCCUCAAGUCGACUAUUGCGCCUAAUAAGGACGGCAUCAAUUUGACGGCCGAUAAGCGCUCUACGAACACUACCGCCGCUGGGUUCGUUUUCGACCAGUGUACCAUUGUUCCCUCUACGGGUGCCGGGACAAUGUCCGAUAUUUCGCUGGGCCGACCAUGGAACUCGUUUGCUCGCGUGGCGUACGUGGAUUCGUACCUUGACUCCUGUGUGAUUGCUGCGGGAUGGGAGCAGUGGUCCUCGAGUACUCCCAACACCGAUGGGGUGGUAUUCGGAGAGUACGGCAACUAUGGGCCUGGCGGGUCGACUGCUCAGCGUGCCUCGUUUGCGACUCAGUUGGAUGAUAGCAGCGUUUCUCAGUUCCAGCUGUCAAGCUUCUUUGCAGUGACAUCUUGGAUUGAUUUUACUCAUGUCAGUGGAACUCCGUUCGUGCCUGGAAUUGCAGUCACUACAAGUCCGGCUGUGAGUUCAGCGACGCCGACUUCGAGUGUCGUCGUUACACUGUCGACUGUGACAACUACAAUGACCGUGACAGAUCGGGAGACUCUGUACACAACUUUGACUUCUACCGAUAAGACUUCUACGGCCAAGUAUACCGUCACGGAAGAUGUUGGUACAACUUUGACUGCAGCCGAGUCUUUCAAGACGACGACACAGAAGACUACCAUCACGGACACGGUUAUUGUCACUGAGCCAGCAGUGACGAGCACGAAGAAGGUUGUCAUUACCAGUGAUGUCGGUCUCACCGUCACACCUGCUCCAAGCACGAGUACGAGCACGCUAAAGCAAACUACCACUGUGAUUGGAACGACUACGCAGGCGCCGUCUACUGUCACUGUCAAGAGCACAUUGACCUCUUCCAUGACCACCACGGUGACAGCCAAACCAGUAACCACAACAUCAACUGCGGGGAGCACCACGGCUGCUAUCACGACAUCCACCCCAGGAACGGUCAAGGUGACUUCGACCAUCACUGUCACUACGGGUACUGGCGGCACCACAACUAUCACAGCCAAGGCUACCACAAGCACUGUUAGCGUUACCUCCACAGUCUCCAAAGCCAAGUCUAUCACGACUACGAUUGCCUGCGUUCCGGCUGCAAAGGUGAAGCGGGGUGUUAUCCCUCGAGCUGUUGCCACUACUGUCACCGACUACACUACGCUCACAACAACCGUCAAGACAUCCACCGUCAAUCUUCCUGCAUCAACUGAUAUUGUCACUGUGGUCACCACCAAGACGACCGGCAAGACGACGACAAUCCCCGCGUCAACUAGCACCAUUACCGUCGUCUCGACCGUGACCAAGGGCACGACCAGCACCAUCCCAGCGGUAACCAGCUAUGUCACGCAAACCAGCAUCUCAACCAUUGGAAAGACUACCACCCUCGAGGCCUCUACCACGACCGUGACUGUUACCUCACUGGCAACCAGGACAUCAACUACCACAGUGGUUGGCGCAACCCAGACCAUCACCAGCCUCAAGACCACAACGGUCGAAGCGACCGUCUCGCUUCCGCGGAGCACACUCACCGUGACCAAGUCGACCGUCGCGACGAUCCAUUCGACGGUCACGCUCGCCACUCCUACCAGCACUACUGUGAAGACGACAACAUAUAGUCUGAAGCCUUCGGCGACUGUUACUUCCCGGGCCACGAGCACCAAGACAACAACGGUAAAGACGACGGUCACGCAUACGGAGACAGUGACCAAAACGUCCAAGGGUGCGGGAGCCUGUCCUACCAACUAA